GUAACUGAAAACAUCUCGUCACAAUCAUAAUGAGAGUAAUAUUAUGUGUGAUCGUUUUAAUUGGAGCGGCGUGUGCGGCGCCUGGCGGCAGCUCUGAUGAUGGGCGAAUUGAACUGUUCAAAGGUGUUGCUAUUGAAAAAGACGCGUUAGGUACUGAAAAAUUGAAUGUCAAGUUUGAACCGGGAGAGCUAAAGGAGGCUGCCAGAACUUUUGAAGAAGCUCGAGGUAAAAUCAAGAAGUAUACGCCACUCCUUGCGGGUAUAGGAGUGAAGGUUAUCGCGGUAGUGGGCUUGUUGUUCGGCGCAUUGACUCUCCUGGUAACCAAGGCGUUGGUGGUUGGUAAGCUGGCGCUCAUGGCCGCUGCUGCGCUUGGCCUGCAUAAGAUAUUCGCUGAAGGCGGCUUGAAUAGUAUUAGUGGAAAGAUUGCUAGCAUACAAAACGCACCCCAAGCGUGGUCAGCUCAAACUGCGCAGUCCAACACCUAUCCCUACGCAAGAUCAGCCGAUGCCAACGAUGCUAACGAUCUAGCCUAUAGGUCACAAGUACCUUCAUAAUAGAACUUAUAAAGUACUAGAAAUUACUGUUGCCAGAUCAAAGUAUAGAUUAACGCCCGAUGUUAAUAAUUAAUCCAAAAAUUCAGAUGAUUUUCAAUUAAAGAUGCAUUUAGCAAUUCAUUUUCGUUGUUUAUAAGGAUUGUUUUUGAUCAAAAGAUAUACAAUAAACGAAGAUCGGUAAUUUUACUAGAUAGGAGAUUAUUAAUUUCGGGCGGAUAUAUUCUGUCAAAUUUGAUUUACAAUUUUGCGCCUAAUAUAGAAUAGUGUUCAUUUCAUUAUUUAUCUCGAAUGUAACGGCAGCAAAAUUAAUGAAUUCGAAUUAUUAAAGUGAAAUUAAGAACGAAAAUUACAAAAAUUAAUAAUUGUCGACGAACGAAUUGUUUUGUUUC